CAAAGCACAGCUAUGGCAUCUGACCGUGUCGAGGUUGACACAGCCCGCCCUUUCCGGUCCGUGAAGGAGGCUGUUGCGGUGUUCGGCGAGCGCAUCCUCGUCGGGGAGACCAACUCUAGAUACAGUAGCAAUGCUGUUGCCAUUGCCAACUCUCAUGCCAAUGCCACCCCUAAUGCCAAGCUUGAAGAUAGUAGUAGCAGCAGUGCCAUCACCCUUUCUCCAAAUGCAAUGGCAGAGGUAGAAGCAGAGCCAGAGUCAGAAGCAACAGCUGCUAUUGUGCCUAUGUACUCUGCACCCUCCUCGCCGCCAUCGUUCGCAUCGCCGCGAUCGGGAUAUGACGAUGAUGAUGACGAAGGUGAGCAUGAUCGCCAAGAUGAGGAAGCUGGGCUCGCGAUCAUGAGCUCCAUCAAGAAGCUGGAGGCGGAUGUGGCCGACACGAGAAGGGAGGUGGUGCAGCUUAGGAAGAGGGGUACCGAGAUGGAGAUGGCCGUGGCCAGCCUCAACGCGCAGCUCCACCGAGGCCUCUCGAGGCUGGCCGAGAUUGAGGCGGACAAGGCGUCUGCAGCGGUGCGGCGCAGCAUCGGGGGAGACACCGACGUGACGUCGGCGGCGAUGCUGCGGAGCGAGCGCUGGGCCGAGAAGUCUGGUAUGUACAGCAGCGAGUACCUGCCAUCGUUCAGCCACGCUCUGAGCCUCGGCGAGUUUGACGAUGACGACAACCUACCCGGUGGUAGGAGGAGGAAGGCGCAGAAGGUGAAGCCAAUCGUCCCCCUCAUCGGUGACAUCCUCUUCUCCAAGAGUUUCUCCAGGAGGAAGAGCACCAAGGACAGUGGCGAUCUUUCCAGCGUGUGUUAGGGUGAUCACUGGCUGUGAUUUGUGCUCACCACGCAGGAUGUGGCUGUUUGUGUGUGAUUUGGAUGGAGCCUGUUUUCGAUGUAUCUCCAUUGUUUGGCUCUUUCUUGUUUAUUAUGUUCUUGUUUG